UACCGCCACUGUUGAUUUUUCUUUUCCUACCGCAUAACAAAGUCCACUCCAUGCGGGCCACUCUGAUCAUCUCUCACGACUCACGCCUCUUCAGAAACCUCAAUUACUUUCCCUUCUUAAACCCCUGAGUGACGAGUACCACUUUCCCUCCACAAUGGCUUUCUCGGAGUUCCGGCCGCUGGAUGAGAAGUCCCUGAUCGAGUACAUAAAGGCCGUUCCCGCCCUCUCCUCUAAGAUCGGCAACAACCUCGACGACAUCAAGAUCCAAGAGGUCGGAGAUGGCAACCUCAAUUUCGUCUACAUCGUUGUCGGCUCGGCCGGUUCUUUCGUCAUCAAGCAGGCUAUCCCAUACAUACGAUGUAUAGGGGAAUCUUGGCCGAUGACAAAGGAACGGGCAUAUUUUGAGACACUGGCACUGAGAGAGCAUGGUCGACUUAGUCCUGAACACGUACCUGAAGUUUAUCAUUUUGAUCGUACUAUGUCUUUGUUUGGCAUGCGGUACUUGGAGCCUCCACAUAUAAUCCUGAGAAAAGGGUUGAUUGCUGGGACCGAGUACCCCUUGCUGGCAGAACACAUCUCGGAAUACAUGGCAAGGACUCUUUAUUUUACAUCCCUCCUUUAUAAUUCCACUACGGAGCACAAACGUGCUGUUGCUGAAUUUUGUGGGAACGUAGAGUUAUGCAGGCUCACUGAGCAGGUUGUUUUUUCUGACCCUUACAAGGUUUCUCAAUAUAACCGUUGCACUUCCCCUUAUCUUGAUCGUGAUGCUGAGGCUGUUCGGGAGGAUAAUGUUUUGAAGCUUGAAGUUGCUGAGUUGAAAUCUAUGUUCUGUGAGAGAGCACAGGCUCUUAUACAUGGUGAUCUCCACACUGGUUCUGUCAUGGUUACCCAUGAGUCAACUCAAGUUAUAGAUCCAGAAUUUGCAUUUUAUGGGCCUAUGGGAUUUGACAUUGGGGCAUUUAUUGGAAACUUGAUUUUGGCAUUUUUUGCACAAGAUGGACAUGCUGAUCAAGUAAAUGACAGAAAAACAUAUAAGGAGUGGAUUUUGAGGACGAUUGAAGAGACAUGGAAUCUUUUCCACAAGAAAUUCAUUGCACUUUGGGAUGAGCACAAGGAUGGUUCUGGUGAGGCAUAUCUUCCUGCAAUAUAUAACAAUCCUGAGCUUCAGCGGCUUGUACAAAAGAAAUUUAUGGAAGAUUUAUUCCAUGACACCCUUGGAUUUGGUGCUGCCAAAAUGAUAAGGAGAAUUGUUGGAGUGGCACAUGUUGAGGAUUUUGAAUCAAUCACUGAUGCUAGCAAACGGGCAGAAUGUGAACGCCGGGCUCUUGAAAUGGCAAAGUUGCUUCUCAAGGAAAGGAGAAAAUUCCAGGCCAUUACUGAAGUUGUUUUAGCCAUUCGUAAACUCCAGUCAUGACAAAGUAUUUGGUAAAUGACAGUUCACUUGAAUAUUUCUGGUUUUCCGAUAAGAGUUUCCUAAUGUUUGGUGCUUCUUUUGUAUACGUUCUGUGUACUUGGAUGCACUCUAAUGAAUUUCGAGUACUUAACAAAAAAAGGUUUGUUUGCUACGUCUAUCUAAUGUACAAUGUUAACACGAAGUAAUAAGAUUUGCUUUUCUUGGUGUUA